AUGUCGGGGUUCAGGCUCCUGCGGUCGCCGCCGCUGCUUCUUCUGCUGCCGCAGCUCGGAAUCGGAAUCGCCGCGUCCAGCUCUCACGCCGGAACCGUGAACCUGGGCAGCAGCAGCGGCGGCGGCGCGCCCUGCUCCCCCUCGGCCGAGCGGCGCCGGCAGCAGUGCGUGCAGCUGUCCACGGUGCCGGGAGCCGACCCUCAGCGCUGCAAAGAGUUGCUCCUGCUGGCGGCGGCGACGGCCGGGGAGGGACCAGGACUGCGGGACCUCUCUGGGGACCCGGCGAGUCAACCGCCGCCCCACCAUCACGUUCUCUAUUUCCCCGGGGAUGUGCAGAAUUACCAUGAAGUUAUGACUCAUCAUCCUGAGAAUUAUCAGUGGGAAAACUGGAGUCUAGAAAAUGUUGCCACCAUCUUAGCCCACCGGUUCCCCAGUGGUUAUAUUUGGGUGAUAAAGUGUUCCCGAAUGCAUUUGCACAAAUUCAGCUGCUAUGACAAUUUUGUGAAAAGCAAUAUGUUUGGUGCUCCAGAACACAGUACUGACUUUGGAGCUUUUAAGCACAUUUACACGUUAUUAGUUAAUGCUUUUAACUUAAGUCAGAAGAGUUUGCUAUCGAAGAAUGUGAAAGAUUUUAAUAAGGACUCCAAAGCAUCUAACUGUCGAUCCACUUCUUCUCAUACUACCAAUGGUUGCCAGGGAGAAAAAGAGAGGACCUGUGAAAAAUUUGAUCAGUCUGCCAUGAGUUUUUAUCCACCAUCAUUAAAUGGUGCUUCUUUUACUUUGAUUGGAUUCAGUAAAGGUUGUGUUGUUUUGAAUCAGUUGCUUUUUGAGUUGAAAGAAGCCAAGAAAGACAAGAACAUCGAUGCUUUUAUCAAAAACAUAAAAACAAUGUACUGGUUGGAUGGUGGUCAUUCUGGAGGAAGCAACACUUGGAUUACUUAUCCAGAAGUCUUGAAAGAAUUUGCACAAACAGGGAUAAUUGUUCACACCCAUGUUACACCUUACCAAGUACAUGAUCCAAUGAGAUCUUGGAUUGGAAAGGAGCACAAGAAAUUUGUUCAGAUACUUGGAGAUUUUGGCAUGCAGGUGACUAGCCAAAUUCAUUUUGCAAACGAUGCUCCUUCCAUAGAGAAUCACUUCAGGGCUCAUGAAGUAUUUUAGACUAUAACAUUAUUAAUGUAGAAGAGCAGAAGCACUUUCAGAAAGUGUUAUGAAUUCAGGUAAUGAGGAUAUAAAUUCAUAGAGGCAGUGUCAGUUUUUUUUCCUGGGCAUGGGGGAAGGAAGCACACAUUCCUAAAAUAUGGGUGUAAUGUGCAAUAAUGUUCCUUGUUUGUGAAUGUGAAUAGUUUUUAAUUGGGACUGGGUUGGAAUUAUUUCAUUCGAAAUUUAAAAGGUGGUUUGUGAGAAUCCUACAAGGAGAUAUUAAGACCCUUAAAAAUGAAAAGUUUCAAUACAGUACUUAUAAAAGGCAGUUAAGAUUGUUAUUGUUGGAAGUAGUUCUAUUUUCUGAGUAAUGUUUGAAACUAAUUUUGGUGAUACUUUAACAGUAAAUAGCUAUUUUGGACUCAAAACUUUUGAGUGGAAAUACUAUCUCUUCAAACAAAGUGAAGGCACACUGAUGUUUUCCAUCAUUUUGCAAUAACUAUACCCUGCCUCCUAUGUUUAUAAUCUCAAGAACUUAUUCUUCAGUGUGCCAUCAAGUGUUUUUUCCCUUAAGAGUCAAAAUGUAUUUGUUUCC